GUGAAGAUGAGCUGUGAACAACUCAAAGCUACACUGCUACCAAAUAGUAGUAGUAGUACUACUACAUAACAAUCUCUCAUUAACAUUUUGUUCAUUUGAUAAAAUGGGAAUUUGAGUAUUAAUGGGGCUGUGGACUAUAUGUUAUUCAAUCCACUAAAAAGUCAUCAACUUGCUACUAGUACUACUUAUUAACAUUGCCAUUUGCAUUUGCAUAAACACUCAAAGCUCUUCUCUUUUUCUUUUUUCUCACUCUCUUCGAGAGAAAAAAAAAAAAAAAAACCACCAAGAAAGAAGUAAGAAAUUAGGUAAUAAGAUGGUGGCAGAAACAUGGGAGAAAGACUUGGUGUGUUAGAUUCUGUUGUGAAGGAGUUAAAAAGAAAAUCAUAAAAGCUUUGAUAGGGUCACCUAGUAUUUAAGUUCACCAUGUCAAGGCAAGCUCAUCUUCCGCCUCGCUGCCCGUUUCAGAAGAAACCAUUAACUUGCCCGGUUCAACAUAACCCGUUGCCUCCUCGACAUCAUAAAUCUAUUUCGCAAAGCUUUAUCGUAGAGGAGCAGCCUGAUUGGCUUGAUGAGCUGUUGAACGAACCGGACUUGAAUUCCAGUGGCAUAAUGCAUAGGAGAUCAGCUAGUGAUUCUUUGACUCUUGUUUCAUUGGAAGGCUUUGAUAAGUUUGAUGAAACUGAAUCAAAUGCAUCUUGUGAAUCGGAUAGUAGUUCAAAGACUAAUUGUAUCUAUGGUCCUAAUUCGCCCCGUGGAAAGAGCAAUAUAACAUUUGAAGAGAAUGCUAUAGUUUCAGCAUUAUCAGAAUAUGUUUCUCCAAACCCUUUACAAUAUUUAGAUAGGUGUGUUUCUGUGUCUGGAGCUGCACGAUCGGAGUCGGUAGGCAAUGCUUCUGGUGGAGCUGAUGAUGUUGGCGCUGAGGCAAAGUUGAUGAAACGGCAUCCUGGACAGCGGUCAAGAGUCCGUAAACUCCAAUAUAUCGCUGAACUAGAGAGAACUGUCAAUACAUAUGAGGCUAUAGAGUCAGAUUUAGCUGCCAAAGUGGCUUCUCUGCUUCAGCAACGUGUUACUUUAUCUAUAGAAAAUAGAGAGCUAAAGCAACAGAUGCUUAGACUUCAGCAAGAAAAAGUCAUUGUUGAUGCCCAGUACAGGUCAUUGAGGAAAGAAUUGGAAAGAUUGAAAUAUUUAGCACGUUCUCGCAAUGGUAAGCUGAACACAAACUUCAGGCUGAGUGCUGCUGCUGAGAUGACUGGUUCAGACGCGGCUUGGCAGAUGCUGGACUUUGGAAAGCUGGAUCUCAACUAAAAGGAAAUCGAUCUCGUUGGACACCUUUUCUUCAUGACAAUAUCCUGCAGAAUGACGUUGGUGAAACUCCGUCCGACUCAGCCUGUAAAUCCUAUUUAGAAUGUAGUAUUAGCUUUUAGGAUUUAGAUAAUAACGGUCGAUAUGCUAUCUUAACAUUUUGAUGACUUGACGAUAUUAACAUGCAUGUUAAAAAACUUGGCAGGCUGAUUUUUAA